CUGACUGCGUCUUACCAAUCGAAAGACAUACACGAUAUCUAUUGUCAUGCACAUCAUCAUCUGGUUAAAAACCUAGGCCAACCUUGGUGGUCACUGUUAGUUUAGUCCAUCAGCUCCAUACAUGACUCAACUUCCACGGUCACUUCACUACUGUAACCAUCACUGGUAGUGUCCCCAGUGAACUCAGUGGUGGACUGGCGUCUUGGUUCCAGUGGCAGAGAGACACCUAGGUGGCCUGUUCUAAUGAGGAUGAGGGAGGGAGCAUUAUCACAGACUGGCAGCUCACUAGCUAUACAAUAAUGGACUAGAGGAGGGGAAUAGGUACACCAUCACUGUGAAACUCUCUAAUGAUGCUUGGUAGAGUCCAGUCAGUAACUCUGCUACGCAAAGACACUGAAGCUGCUCCCAGUGGUUCUCCUGCCUCGAUCACAGUGGGUACACUCACUGCUAACAGUGUCACUCUACUGUGGGGAGAGGUGGCCUGUCUUGAGAGGAAUGGAGAUAUCACUGGCUACACAGUUACUGCAGCAAACACGGAUGGAGUGGUGAAAGGAACUGCUAGUGUUAACACAGAUGCUAGACAAGCCACAAUCUCUGGACUGACUCCAUCCACACAGUAUACUGUUUCAGUGGCUGCAGUCAAUGGUGUUGGUACUGGACCUGCCACUACCCUCCCUGUAGAGACUGAAGGUGAGAGGUUGAAGUCCAUUCCAUACUGUGCUAUU